AUUUAAUCAUCGAUUCAUAAUACUAUUACUUGAUGAACUUUGUUUAUUUUUCUCUGGUCUUUUCAUCUCAGCUGAUAGGGCCAAAUGGAAACCCUGACCUUAAUCCAUCCUCUCCCUGUUCCUCAGUUCGAGAGAGGAUGAUCCCAGUACAAUGUGGAAGGGUGAUCAAAACCAAAAAAAGAAAGAAAGUUGGGUUGUGGAGUCAUUCUAAACUAAGCUUGAUAGUAGUAAUAUUUGGUGAUGGGACAAGGGUAUGUG